CUGGCUGCAUACGCUUCGACCUGGCGUGCACUUCUCACGCGUCCCGGCACCACGGAUCGCCGCUCUUCCACCCCUCUCUGCUCUGCACAUCUCUCCUGCCACACCGCCGCCAGCGCACCCCGUUCCUGCGCAGCCUGUCGAGCUGUCUCUGGUCCAUCAGCAACCCCUUUCCCUCCUGGUGAGCUGAUGAGGCUGGCCAAUCCCUUAUCCGCCCGCCAACAGCUCAAGCCUUCAACGACGGCGCCCUUCCAGACGCGACACGACGCGUCAGCCCAAUCCUCCUGCGUAUCAAGCGUCUCAAUCACUUCGCUCUCCGAAUCGUAUAUGCAGGUCAAUAGUGAAACUGCGCGACACAAUCCGCGCAAGCCGCGCUCCCUUCACUACUACCGAGCGGACCAAAUUUGACUCCGUCUCCUGUCAUGGGCCGCGCCGCUGACAAUGCCGGGCCUACUGCUGCUGCUGGACGGACAAGCUACACCAAUUCAGAUACGUCAACGAACAAGAUCACUCAACUGAUUACAUGCUUCUGCCUCUGGAAAUUACUCCUCGUGCUGAUAGCCGCUGCGAGCCCAGGUCCGGGCUAUGACACGUCUACCCAGCUGCUCCUUCGCCCAAAUGCAAACACCGCGAACUCGUGGCUGGAUCAUUUGGCAAUAAGAUUGACGCGCUGGGAUGGCCUGUAUUUCGCAAGUGCAUCCGCAAAUGGCCAAGUAUUCGAACAGCAAUGGGCCUUCAGUCCCUUCCUGACCAGAGUCACAUCAACUUUCGCUGGAGUAUUGUUUCCUACUGCUCAUGAACCAAGCAUCGCCUCCCACGCUCUGGCUGCCAUCUUCUUCUCUCAUCUCUCUCAUCUCAUCGCAGUCAUACUGCUAUUCCAGCUCACUUACAAAAUAAUACCCUCGGACCAUGAGACGAAAGGACGGAUUGCCUACAUCGCAGCGCGUCUCCACAUUUUUUCUCCCGCAGGCCUAUUUCUAUCAGCACCAUACGGCGAAGCUGCGUUCGCCAUGGCUCACUUUGCCGGCCUCUUGUGUUAUGUGGAAGCUAAAAGAAUUGUCAACACGGCGCCUGUCUUGUCGGCUUUAUGGACUCUCGCAUCUGGAUUCGCAAUCGGCGUAUCGACCAUGAUCCGCAGCAAUGGCUUGUUCAGUGGAUUGUUGUUCGCCUGGGACGCACUGGCCUUUGUGCCACACUUUGGCCAGAUGUUACGCCAGCGCGAGUGGGUCAGACUGAAUGGUCUGCUGAGUAGCCUUGCUGCUGGACUAUUUGUCGGUAUUGGUUAUGCGCUGCCCCAGGUCUUUGCUUAUCUGGAGUACUGCACCAAGGGCAACGACAGACCCUGGUGUCACAGCACAUUACCCAGCAUUUACUCGUUCGUACAGGCUCACUAUUGGGGAGUUGGCUUCCUCAAGUACUGGACUCUCUCCAACGCACCUCUGUUUGCUCUUGCAGUCCCUAUGCUGGGAGUCUUUAUGUGUACGGGGUACAUGGCGUUGAACAAGACAGAAAUCGACAGCCUUGUCAAUGCAGCAAGGACUGCAAAAGGCGAUGGCGCCCAAGCACAGUCGCAUAGUGAUGGCCUAUUUCGACACAUCAUGAGCCGUUUUGCUCUACCACAGCUCGUGCUUGCAUUGCUGGCCUUGACGAGCUUUCAUGUUCAAAUAAUCAAUCGCAUUUCUUCUGGCUAUCCGGUGUGGUACAUUGUAUUGGCGGUCAUAAUACAGCAAGGCAACAGGGCCCUGGAAGUCGAAGGCAGCGCUGUGCGCUUCAUUCACAGGCAUGCACAGAGCCUUGUGAGAUUGAGUGUCAUGUAUGCUAUCGUUCAAGGUGGGCUAUAUGCUAGCUUCAUGCCGCCUGCGUAAUAUUAGUGGUCACUACCAG